AUGGCACGUGAUAGGAGCCCGGAACGUAGGCGCUCGCGAUCGCGAGAACGACGCGACAAAGACCGGCACGAAGACCGCGAUCGAGAGUCUCAUCGAGACAAAACCAAGCGUCGGGAUCGAUCUCGCAGCCCUAGGAAGGAACGGGAAAGGUCGCGAAGCCCGUCACGGAAAGAAAGAGAUAGGUCUCGUAGCCCUGUACGAAAAGAUAAAGACCGAUCUCGAAGUCCGGCACGGAAAGAUAAAGAAAACGACCGAGCUCGAAGCCCUACUCGGAAAGAUAAAGAUAGUGACCGAACUCGAAGCCCUGCACGUAAAGAUAAGGAAAAAGAAAAAGAUUCUCGCAGUCCAUCACGAAAAGAAAAAGACAGAUCGCGGAGCCCUAGCCGGCGAGAUCGCGAACGUGGUCGAUCACGUAGUCCCAAGAAACGUGAUGGCAAAGAAAAAGAAUCAGAGAGUAGGAGAAAAUAUGAUGAAAAGGAAAAGACAAAAAGCAAAAAAGAUGAAGACUCAAAAAUGGAGGAGGAUGAGCCACAAGAAAGUAAAGAAGUGGAUGUGAAACCAGUAAAGAAAGAGCCACUCUCUCUAGAAGAACUACUUGCCAAAAAGAAAGCAGAAGAAGAAGCCCGUAGCAAACCAGUGUUCUUGACUAAAGAACAAAGGGCUGCUCUAGCUUUAGAAAGACGGCAAAAGCAAGUAGAUGCUAUUAGAGCUAACACUGACAGGCCUUCUAUAACUACAAUUGAUCUUACAGGCCCAUCUAAAAGAGAAGAAGAAAUGAAGAAGUAUAGAGAUGAAAGAGAAGCUAUGAGAGAAAAAGAAAGAGAGAGACGGGAUGAGAGAGAAAGGGAAAGAGAAAGAAAAUAUGAGGAAAGGAAGUCAAUGAGUGAUCGCCGAGAUGAUAAGAAGGAUAAAAAUGAAGAAGUUUCGAAAACAAAAGAUAAAGAACGUGAAGAAGAGGCCAUUAAGGCACGUUAUUUAGGUAUUGUGAAGAAAAAACGCAGAGUGAGAAGGUUAAAUGACCGUAAAUUUGUGUUUGAUUGGGAUGCAUCUGAAGAUACAUCAAAUGAUUACAAUGCACUGUACAAAGAAAGACAUCAAGUCCAGUUCUUUGGCCGUGGCCACAUUGCUGGUAUAGACAUAAAAUCACAGAAGAAAGAUUACAGCAAGUUCUAUGGCAACCUAUUAGAAAAACGUAGGACAGAAUUAGAAAAAGAACAAGAAAAGUUACGUCUCAAAAAAGUUAAAAAGAAGGAAGACAAGCAAAAGUGGGAUGAUCGUCAUUGGUCUGAAAAAGAUCAGGACGAAAUGACUGAAAGGGAUUGGCGUAUUUUCAGAGAAGAUUAUAAUAUCACCAUUAAAGGUGGCAAGAUUCCGAACCCAAUCAGAAAUUGGAAGGAAGCUGGCUUCCAUCCAGACAUUAUGGAAAUUAUAGGGAAAGUCGGCUAUAAAAGUCCAACACCCAUUCAAAGGCAAGCUAUUCCUAUUGGUUUACAAAACCGAGACAUAAUUGGUGUUGCUGAAACUGGAUCUGGUAAAACAUUGGCCUUCCUCAUACCACUUCUCACUUGGAUUCAAUCACUCCCGAAAAACGAACGUUUGGAAGAUGCUGAUCAAGGGCCAUACGCUAUUAUAUUAGCUCCAACGCGUGAGUUGGCGCAACAGAUAGAGGAAGAGACUAAUAAAUUUGGAAUUCCUUUGGGUAUUACAUCUGUUGUUGUAGUGGGAGGUUUGUCAAGAGAGGAACAGGGGUUCAAGCUCAGAUUGGGAUGUGAAAUAGUUAUUGCGACGCCUGGUCGUCUUAUCGAUGUAUUGGAAAACAGAUAUUUGGUACUAAACCGUUGUACAUAUGUCGUCCUCGACGAAGCUGAUCGUAUGAUUGACAUGGGUUUCGAACCUGAUGUACAGAAAAUUCUAGAAUACAUGCCAGUUUCUAACAUAAAACCGGAUUCGGAUGCUGCCGAGGACGCCUCAGUUUUGCUAGCAAAUUACAACUCUAAAAAGAAAUUCAGACAAACUGUGAUGUUUACAGCUACUAUGCCUCCUGCAGUGGAGCGUUUAGCGAGGAGUUAUUUACGUAGACCCGCUAUUGUAUACAUUGGUUCUGUUGGUAAACCUGUAGACAGAACAGAACAAGUCGUCUACAUGAUCGGCGAGAAUGAGAAACGUAGAAAGCUGACAGAGAUAUUACAGAGAGGAGUCGAACCUCCGAUUAUAAUCUUCGUCAACCAGAAAAAGGGAGCAGAUGUCCUGGCUAAAGGUUUGGAGAAGUUGGGUUUCAAUGCAUGUACAUUGCACGGUGGUAAAGGACAAGAGCAACGUGACUUUGCGCUCGCCAGUCUUAAAAAUGGUUCGAAAGACAUUCUGGUGGCAACAGAUGUCGCUGGUCGUGGUAUUGACAUCAAGGACGUCAGUAUGGUUAUCAACUAUGAUAUGGCAAAGACUAUUGAAGAUUACACGCAUCGUAUCGGUCGUACUGGUCGUGCGGGCAAGACUGGUAAAGCUAUAUCAUUCGUUACAAAAGAAGAUUCGGCGUUGUUCUACGACCUCAAACAAGUCCUACUUGCGAGUUCUGUGUCUACUUGUCCGCCUGAGCUGAUGAACCAUCCCGAGGCUCAACAUAAGCCCGGCACGGUUGUCACUAAGAAAAGGCGAGAGGAAAUGAUAUUUGCAUAG